AUAGCCACAUGACGCAGGCGCCCGGGCGCAGAACUGUGACGUCACUUCCGGGCGGUGGCUGCGCGGAACUGUGCGCGGUCACGUGAGUGGCUGAGGCUGUUGGACCCGAGCUGCCUGUCACCGCAGUGUGUCGCCAUGGCAAUGAGGGGACUAGUAGAAGCUGAAUGCGGGGGAUCCAACCCCCUCAUGAAACUGACCAAUCAUUUCACUCAGGACAAAGCCUUGCGGGAAGAAGGCUUGCAGCACGUGUCCUGGCCCCCAGGGGCCACAGUGGUAUCCAAGCCUCUCGGAGAAGCCACCGAAGAUGAGCUCGUCUCGGAGUUCCUGCAUACACGGGUGCCCUCCCUGCAGUCUCGCGCUCCCCACACUUUCAAGAUGGACGGGCUCUUGGCAGAGAUGCAAGAAAUUGAACAAAGCAGCUUCCGUCCAGAGCCGCUGAGAGCACCAGGAGUGGCAGAUCUGGCUUUGUCUGAACAGUGGUCGGCAGAAUUUGUCGGGGCGGAAGUGGACCCUGUGGAAGAGGAGGACUGGAGCCGGGAGUUCACAGAACAGGCAGAUCCCAUGUCCUCCCCAUCUCAUUGGGCAGAAGAAUAUCUCCAGCAGUCGGAAGAGAAGCUCUGGCUUGGGGAAAGUGAGGGGGCGUUGGCAGAAAAAUGGACUGAGGAGUAUCAGCCUGAGGAUGAGCUGCAAAGAGAAGCCAAAACUCUUCUGUCUCAAGUGACGGACCCCAAACUUGCAAACAGCCAGUUCUUACAGUUUGUAAAGAGGAUAGGGGACGGAGAGCUGUCUUUCUCGCACACGCCAAGCACUCCCUCCCAGGCGGUCUCGCAGGCAGAACAGUGGUCAGAACAGUUUGUACAGGAGCAGGCAGAGCAGUGGGUGGAUCAGUUUGCUCCUUUGGAAAAGGACUUUGAAAAGGCCAAAGCUGCAGUGGAGUCCGAUGUGGAUUUCUGGGACAAACUUCAGGAAGAGUGGGAGGAAAUGGCCAAGCGAGACGCAGAAGCUCACCCGUGGCUCUCGGAUUUCCAGGACUUGUCCUCCAAAUCCAUCGACAAGGGGUACAUGUUUGAAGAGAACAACCCUUUCUCCGAGGCGUCUCAUCCAUUUGAGGAGGGUCUGAAGCACCUGCGCGAGGGAGACCUCCCCAGCGCUGUGAGACUGUUUGAGGUGGCCGUGCAGAGGGACCCACAUCAUAUGGAGGCCUGGCAGUACUUGGGCACCACGCAGGCAGAGAAUGAGCAGGAGCUGGCAGCUAUCAGUGCUCUGCGCAGGUGCAUCGAGCUGAAACCGGACAACCUGAGUGCCCUAAUGGCGCUGGCUGUGAGCUACACCAACGAGUGCCUCCAGCAGCAGGCGUGCCAUACGCUCCGUGAGUGGCUGAGACACAACCCCAAGUACAGCCAUCUUGUUAAAGAGGAAAGUGUUAAUAACGCAUCGCGGGCUCGUUCAUUUGGGACCCUCCUCUCUGACUCUGUGUUCGCAGAAGUGCGAGAGCUUUUUCUCUCUGCUGUGCGCUCAGACCCCUCGCAGGUGGACCCCGACGUACAGUGCGGGCUCGGCGUCCUCUUCAAUCUCAGCGGGGAGUAUCAGAAAGCCGUCGACUGCUUCACUGCCGCCCUGGGCCAGAAGCCUGACGAUUACUUGCUAUGGAACAAGCUUGGUGCCACGCUUGCCAAUGGUAAUGAUAGUGAGGCGGCGGUGGAAGCUUAUCGACGGGCACUGCAACUUCAGCCGGGAUUUAUCCGCUCCAGAUACAACCUAGGGAUUGCCUGCAUUAACCUGGGGGCACACAGGGAGGCCAUUGAACACUUCCUGGAGGCUCUCAGCAUGCAGCAGCAGAGUGGAGGUUCUGAAAGCGCCAUGUCUGACAAUAUCUGGAGCACGCUGCGGAUGGCGCUGUCCAUGGUUGGUCAGAGUGAGCUGUAUUCGGCGGCCGACGCCCGUGACCUUGCCACCCUACAGGCUGCCUUCCCUCCUCACUCUGCCGCCCAAUGACGUUGGCCCGACCCACUGCUGUGCGAGUGCAUGUUGGGGGGCCAAGCACAAUGCACUGCCCGGGGGAAACCGGCAAAGCCGCAGGGAACCGUGCCUCUUCCUCCAGGUGCUCUCUGACCUCUGCGCUCUCACAGCUGGUGUGUCCCUCGCUGGGGUCGGUAAUUCUCCCACAAUGCACCAGGGCAGAAGGGACAGACUGUGGUUCUGCCUUUAAUUAACACCGUAAUCAUAUUUAAUUAUCAUAAUCCGUGGCAUCGGAGCCAUAGUAGGUACUGUGUAUAUAGCAGCGCCGUAGAGACUUACCCUUUCCUGGGGGGUCUGAUCAUAUCGUUUGUGGGUGUGAGGGUAUUAACCCCUCGUUUAUUAUUAACUAUAUCCAAACAGCAGCCGGGGGUCUCGGUUCACUUUCUGGCUAAGUCCCAGCCUGAAGAACUUCCGAUCCUCUUUAGCCUAUUACCUUAAGCAGCCUUACUUUCUGGCUCUGCUGCUAUUUAUUUUUUAUUUAACAAGGGAAAGUCUUAUUCCAACUAGGGGCAAAUGUCUGCCAGUCAGAGCAGUUGCAAGCUAAGCCUAUGGAGGGGGGUUAGUGGGCAGAAAUAUAAAUGCCCUCUGUGCCAUUGCCCUUUUACCUUCUGUGAGCAUAUACAGUAUAUACCCUUCAAUAUGCAGUGAUAAGGGCUGGAGGGCCUGCAAAUGUACAGUACACUCAAUAGCCUAAACGCUGGUACGGCUGCUGUUUUAAAGGGAAAGUAAAGGCUAAAUGACUGGUGGGUGACAAUGUUGGCCACCCCCAGUUAGUCCAAUGGCUAAUCUUUUUCCCCUCCUCCCCCCCCUGACUGGGUUCAUGCAAGAGUCCUGUGCUGCCAGCUAGGGCUGAUUAUCGCUUAUCCUGGCUGGCCCAGGGUUUAUGGGUAAUUGGCCCAAGAUGGCAAUAUGGUGCUCUUUAACUACCCCACGCUACUGAGAUUGUUAUGGGAAACAAACACUGACUUGGGGUGCAAAGUUAGCGCUGGACCCCAACAUAUUGACACCCCCAGUUGUUUCCCCUGUACUUCUCCUUUAAUUCAAGGCAUUAUAAAUGAAAAACUGAAGUACUUGAAUAAUGAGGUAGGUGGUCACUGUGCUGCCUUAAACGAUCCUAAUUGUACAGCUUCCCCCUCCCCCCACCACUCCUGCUAAUGAACAUUCUGUUUGUCAUUUCAUUGGCUGAUUAACCCGUCAGUCUGAUGUCAUUCCAACACAAUGAAGUUUGGCAGAUCGGAAGCGGAUCAGUAACUCGGCGGGGAAUCAGAGAUGUCCAACAGGACCCUGAGGGCCACCCCUUGCCCAUUUCUGGUUCUCUGGAGAAGGAGGUUCCGCUGGGUGCGGAGUUAAUGGGGAUCUGCUGUGUAUUAGACAAUGAUGUCAUGUGGAUAAUUGUACAAUAUUUGUAAUAAUAAAAUAUAUCAUAUACAGCACCA